AUGAGCACAGAGUUAAUAAAACGGGCGAAUCCCGCCGAUGACUAUGAGCUUUUGCAACGUGUUGGUUCCGGUACCUAUGGUGAGCAGGAGAUUCUGAUGAUUCGCGAAUGCUCCCAUGCUAACAUCAUCGCAUACCACGGCAGUUACUUACGUCGGGAUCGGUUAUGGAUUGUGAUGGAGUAUUGUGGAGGAGGUUCUUUACAGGAUAUUUAUCAUAUGACUGGACCACUUUCCGAACUGCAGAUUGCGUUCGUUUGUCGAGAAACACUCAAAGGUCUUGACUACCUUCAUAAGAUGGGAAAGGUUCAUCGCGAUAUCAAAGGAGCGAAUAUCCUUCUCACUCAUGCUGGAGAUCAGACUUUGGAGAUGGCCCCUGAAGUUGCUUGUGUGGAGCGUCGUGGUGGCUAUGGAGUUCAGUGCGACGUUUGGGCUGUUGGCAUUACUGCUAUAGAGUUAGCUGAAUGCCAGCCACCAUCAUUUGACCUUCAUCCAAUGCAGGUCUUAUAUUUGAUGACCAGAAGCAGUUACAAACCUCCACACCUUAAGGAGAAACACCGCUGGUCGCCCCUUUUUCACGACUUUGUUCGACAGUGUCUCACGAAAAACCCGAAAAAACGACCUACUCCCGAUAAAUUGUUAUCGGUAAAUAAUGGUUCAUCAGCUCGACUGAUUCAACGACGUGUUCAAGACGACGAUGAUAAGGAUAGUGGCGAGGAAGAGGAGGUAAAAGAUAACACAGUAUAA